AUGGGGAACUUUCCAUACCAAAUGAAGAAGGAGCUUUGGAGAACGGGCAGCCUCUGGGCUCUGGGCAAGUUUUGAGCUCCAGCCAGGUAUCCCUGCCAGCCCUAGCAGAACUGGAGUCAGGUCCAGCAUCUGGGGAACCCUGCUCAUACGAUGUGCUCCCAACCACAGAUAUCAUGGAUGGGACAGUGUCUGAAGAGAGCCCCACAUCCAAUGAAUCCGGCAUCCUUCUCUCCCAAGAUCCUACAGCUAAGCCAGUCCUGCUACUUCCCCCCAAAAAAUCUGCCGCUUUCCCUGGAGACCAUGAGGACACCCCAGUGAAACAGUUGUCCCUCCUCAAACAGCCCCCUGCCCUGCCUCCUAAACCUAUUGCCAGGAUUGCCAGCCACUUAACUGAUCCUGGUGCUCCUGUGAAACUGCCUUGUAUGCCAGUUAAACUGUCACCUCCACUACCUCCAAAGAAAGUCAUGAUUUGCAUGCCUUUAGGGGGGCCAGACCUCUCUCUCUCAUCCUAUUCCACACAGAAGAGCUCCCAGCAGCCCUUGACUCAGCACCAUCACACUGUCCUGCCAUCCCAGUUAGCAGCUCACCAGCACCAGCUCCAGUACGGCAGGCACAGGCAUCUGCCUUCUGGGUCCAGCACGUUGCCCAUUCACCCUUCGGGAUGCCGGAUGAUAGAGGAACUCAACAAAACACUAGCCAUGACCAUGCAGAGGCUAGAAAGCUCUGGCUUACACACAGGUGACAGUGUUACAAAAACAGGACCUGGGGGCCUUCCAGACAUGAGACAAGUGCCAACUGUUGUGAUCGAAUGCGAUGACAAUAAAGAAAAUGUGCCUCAUGAAACCGACUAUGAAGAUUCUUCCUGCCUCUACACAAGACAGGAAGAGGAGGAAGAGGAAGAUGAAGAUGAGGAUAACUCAUUAUUUACAAGCUCCCUGGCAAUGAAAGUCUGCAGAAAGGACUCUUUAGCAAUCAAACUAAGCAACAGGCCUUCCAAGCGAGAGCUGGAGGAAAAGAACAUCCUUCCUAUGCAGACUGAUGAAGAGAGGCUCGAACUUAGGCAGCAGAUUGGGACAAAGUUAACAAGACGACUGAGCCAGAGGCCAACUGCUGAAGAAUUGGAGCAGAGGAACAUACUGAAACCCCGGAAUGAGCAAGAGGAGCAGGAGGAAAAACGAGAGAUAAAAAGAAGAUUGACACGUAAG